AUGAAGGAUUCGCUACGUGAGGAGCGGCGGGCAUCGGUGGGUGAGAACUGCUACGGAUCCGAAGAGUCUCACGCUGUGCUGAGACAAAACAGCCGCUUAGCGUCUUCGGUCGAGCCCGGACAAGACUUAUUUCUUCGCCGUGACUUCUCCAAGAGCACGGGACUACCCUGCCCUCCUCCACGUCGCCUUCCAACACAAUGA